AGUUUUUGAUUUUUAUCUAUGAAAAGUUAUUCAUUUUGUGCAGAACAUUUAGAAUUCGUAAUCGCAAAGCAAUGGAAUUUUUCUGGAAUGAACUUUGUAAACAGAUCGGACCAAUACCAACAACUGUUCAAGUCGCUCUGGAGCAAACCAAAUUCAUCCACGCCGGACUGGUUUACCUGGACGAUGCUACAAUCGACUACGUUGAGGCGGAUAUCCGUCGUCUUCCGGUGCUGCUGAACAAGUCGGAAAAGGAAGUAGCUACCCUGCUGGACUACAAGGGACAUUUGAGAGAGUUCCGUUUUCUGGCCGGUGAGCGGUGUGUCAUCAAACUUAUUGCUCAAAAAAUUAGGGAAUCUGGCUUCCUAACCUUUUUCAAACCACAACCUAAAGCCACCACCGAUACCAGCACGACAGCAGGCCCGGAUGUGAUCACGGAUGCAACUACCACGUCAACGACAACUACCACAAUGGCACCCGUUAUCCUGAAUCCAGUUGACGUCAUGGCGGAAGUCAGGGCUAAAAUCUACAGCUAUUACGAUCAAAGACGUGAAAACUACGAAGCCGAAGAACCUUUCUUUGAACGGCUGUCCGAUUUGGAGGUGGAUAUCCGGCGGGAUCAUUUAGGUGAUGUGGCACGAGUGAUUUGCCCCUUCUGUGAUCCACAGUUCCCUUCGACAGUGAUGAUUCGGCGUGAUAAACCUGGAACAUGGAAGGUUUCCAACUUUUCCGGACACAUUAAAUCGAAACACGAUGACCUGUGCAUUCCCGGGAAGGAAACCUUCGGUCGAGAGGGAGCACGAAAGCGAACGUAUCGUGAAGCAAACGCCAGUGAGUACGUCGAGGAGGAGCACUACGAUACCAUAACCGAUCCAAUAGUUAAGGUCGAACUAUAAGCUAC